AUGGCUAGGGCGUUCGUUUGUGUGCGGGUCCUGGCGACUGUGCUUCUGCUAAAUAUCUCCAUCGUCUCCAGAUCAAUGGGCCUGCGGGGCAAAGAGCGUCAGGGGGCGUCGCGAAUCCCCUCCGAGUUCAGCCCCGAGGAGCGCUUCGCGAUGAAAGAGGCGCUGAAAGAUGCCAUCAAGAUCCCAACGGUGUCUUUUGGUCCUGAGGAGUUCAACACCACAGCCCUCGCUGAGUUUGGAGAAUUCAUUCACAAAGCCUUUCCGAACCUGUUCAAAACCAGCUUCAUCCAACACGAAGUCGUGAGCGAGUACAGCCACCUCUUCACGGUCCGUGGCUCCGACCCCAGCUUACAGCCCUACCUGUUGACUGCGCACAUCGACGUGGUUCCGGCCCCUGAAGAAGGCUGGGAGGUGCCCCCAUUCUCUGGGCUGGAGCGCGAUGGCUUCAUCCAUGGGCGAGGCACGCUGGACAACAAGAACUCCCUCAUGGCAAUCCUGCAAGCCCUGGAGCUCCUGCUGACCAGAAACUAUGUUCCCCGAAGAUCUUUCUUCAUUGCUCUGGGCCAGGAUGAGGAGCUGUCGGGGAAUUAUGGAGCUCAGAAAAUCUCAGCCCUGCUGCAGGCCAGGGGUGUCCAGCUAGCCUUCAUUAUGGAUGAGGGUGGCUUCAUCUUGGAUGGUUUCUUUCCCAGCCUCAAGAAACCCUUUGCCAUGGUUUCUGUCACUGAGAAGGGCUCACUUAAUCUCAAGCUGCAAGUAAAAAUGACCCCAGGCCACUCUUCAGCCCCUCCAGCAGAGACAAGUAUUGGCAUCCUCGCAGCUGCUGUUAGCCGCCUGGAGAAGACGCCACUACCUAACAUGUUUGGAGAUGGGCCAUUGAAGACCACACUGCAACUAUUAGCAAAUGAGUUCCCCUUUCCUUCCAAUAUGGUCUUGAACAACCUGUGGCUAUUUGGGCCCCUUGUAAAGAGGUUACUGGAGAGGAAUUAUAUAACCAACGCACUCAUCAGGACCACCACAGCAGUCACCAUGUUCCAUGCAGGGAUCAAGAUGAAUGUCAUCCCACCAGUGGCCGAGACCGUGAUCAACUUCCGGAUUCAUCCUGCACAGACUGUCGAGGAGGUUAUUGAACUUGUCAAGAACAACAUAGCUGACGAUCGGGUCCAGUUGCAUGUGUUGAGUGCCUUUGACCCCCUCCCCAUCAGCCCCUCAGAUGAUCAGGCCUUCGGCUACCAGCUGCUCCGCCAGACCCUACAGUCCGUUUUCCCGGAUGUCAGCAUUAUUGCCCCAGGCGUAUGCAUUGGCAACACAGAUAGUCGGCACUAUACAAACCUCACGACUGGCAUCUACCGGUUCAACCCAGUCUACCUGCAGCCUCAGGGGUUCAGUAGCAUCCAUGGAUUGAACGAGAAAAUCUCCGUCCAAGCCUACGAGACCCAGGUGAAGUUCAUGUUCGAGUUGAUCCAGAAUGCUGACACAGAGCAGAGGUCAUCUCCUCACCAGCAUGAACUUUGAGGUUGA